UUGGAGCAGCUUCCGGUUUCCGGCGGAGCCCACAGUCGUCGCUCGCAGCCGUCAUGGCGGCCGAGGAGAAGGACCCCUUGAGCUAUUUCGCGGCUUAUGGGAGCAGCAGCUCAGGCUCCUCGGGUGAGGAGGAUAACAGCGAGCCGGAGGAAACAAGUCGCAGGGCCCCAGAUCCUGCGAAGUCGGCGGGAGGCUGUGGGAACAAGGAGGAGAAGAGGCUGCCGGGACCCGACGAACUAUUCCGGAGCGUGACUCGCCCGGCCUUUCUCUACAAUCCGCUCAACAAACAGAUAGACUGGGAGAGGCACGUCGUUAAGGCGCCUGAGGAGCCUCCAAAGGAAUUCAAAAUAUGGAAGUCAAACUAUGUACCACCUCCGGAGACCUACACUACUGAGAAGAAACCUCCCCCUCCAGAGCUGGAUAUGGCAAUAAAAUGGUCUAACAUAUAUGAGGACAAUGGUGAUGAUGCCCCACAGAACGCUAAGAAAGCUAGGCUCCUGCCUGAAGGGGAGGAGACAGUGGAAUCAGAUGAUGAAAAAGAUGAGCAUACUUCUAAAAAGCGCAAAGUAGAACCAGGAGAACCAACAAAGAAGAAAAAGUAGAAAAUGACAAAUCACAAGAAUUUCUGGACUGCGAAACUUGUUGAAACGGUUUUUUGGGGCAGAUUAAGUUGAUAUUUUAAAUUAUUAUGAAACAACAUCUCCAUGAAAGUACAUGUUAAUUAAUAAGUAUUGCUAUGGGAACUUUCCACUGUAGAAUUCAUUUUUUUAUUUAAAACUUUAUUUAAAACUCAAGUGGUGAUUUGUGAUUGUGAAAUUGACAACACUUGGAAGCAUUCUUGCUAUCACAGAGUUGGUGACAUACUUUGAAAGUUUUGUCACACGUCGACAUGCCAAUGUUCUAUGAACCUUUUAUAAAGGAAUAUAUUUUUAAAGUAAAUAUAUUGUAAUGUACUGUGAACUUGUAGGGUGCUUUUCAACAGUGUUUGUACAGUGUAAAUAGAUCAUGGAAAUAAAAUUACUUAUUCAAUAUUGCUAUUAUUGCAUAACAUUAACAUUUGAAUAUUUGUCUGUGACAAGUAACCUCUUUGCCACAUGGUGUUUUAAUAGUAGGUAUUACCAUUUAGGGAGUGCCUCUUGUGUUCCAGGUGCUUCGUGGGUGCUUUUUCUCUGCUCUUCAGACAGCCUGGUAAAGCAGAGAUUAGUGGCUUCAUUUUAUAAUAGAGAUUAACUUACUCAAGUUUCCAUAGCGAGUGAGCAAUGAUUUUGUGACUUAACUCAGGAUACUUGACUUCCAAAAUCAUCAAAUUAAGCCACCUACCCACCACUCAAAAUUUAGUUGUCUUCUAAAGGAAUUGCACUUGUCCUCU